GAAAGCCACUUAGAUCUCUUCGACUCUGCUUCUGCGUUGCCCUUCCCAAACAAAAAAAGAAUUUUCUAAGUCGAAUGCUUAUUACAAGAAAUCGUUCGGAGAUUGUUGUUCGUCGGUAAACUCAUUCUCUCUGAUUCCAUCUUAUACAGACAUGGAAGACCUUAAAUCUGCAAUGAAUGAACAUUUAGAUCAGAUGCAAGUACUCCUCGAGAAAUUCACUGCCGAACUCAAAACUGGAUUUCAGCCUGCUUAUGAGAAUUUCAUGGGUUUUUUCCAUUCAAUCGAUUGGAAGGAGCCUUGGUUGAUAACCUUAUUAUCAUUCCAUGUUGUCUUGCUGUUGGUAGUCUUCAUCUCAAGGAAAAAUGUCAACUUCCAAAUGUUCCUGUUCCUUAUGGCAUUGGGUGGUGUAUAUUUUGCUGAGAAAAUUAAUAGUUUACUGGCUCAAAACUGGAGAAGCUUUGCAGGCCAGAAUUAUUUUGAUCCACAUGGGGUUUUCAUCUCAGUGCUUUGGUCCGGUCCUCUUCUUUUCAUAUCAAUUUUAAUAUUGGUAAGCACCCUUUUUAAUUUAUGUGUACUUAUCGUCAAGUGGAAAAAGGCUGAGCUUAGACACCGCGCAAGGCUAGCUCGAAACAAGCAGGAUUGAUUUCCUCUAUAUUGCUGGCUGUUUACGAAAAAACACCAUUCUUACUGGUUUGAAGUUCAGGCAUCAUUAUGUACCAUCGGUCAACAAAAAAUCACAUAGGUGUAUCUUCUUCAGUUUUUGUAUGGGAGUUGGAGGAAGGUUGUUUUGGUGUUUAAGCUUUUGUGAUUAUCUUGCUUUAUUGAGCUACACUGGCAUUUGGAUUAUAUAGAAUCUUCAAGGUUCAAAGUUGAAUACCUCUAGAGGGCU